AUGCGAGCAUCCAAGGGUCCGAUUGGAUACGAAGCCGCAAGGGUUGUCUCAGCUUCCACCUCAACAGCAUCUUAUCUCAUCAACGACGUCUUCUUCUUCUUCUUCUUUCUUGCUCAUCUUUUCUCGAUAUAUCAAAUAUCAAAUAUCAAGACUCAAACAAUAUCCUUUCCGCAGACGCUGGUUUACCCCUGGAGGAGAACCAAGCGGAAAAACAUCGGCCCGCUUCCUUCCCGCGCCAACUUUUUCCCCCACUUCGGAGACUUUGAUAAAUUGACCAGAAAAGCGUUCGAAGCCGACUUUCUCUUCUUCUUCUUCUUCCUCCUCUUCCUCCUCCUCUUCACCUUGAUAUCUCCAUCUCCAUCUUCAUCUCUGCUUCUCCAGCUUCAUCAGCUUCAUCGUCUUUAUCGGUAUCUUCACCGUCUUUGA